UCAGCCCCACCACGUAGGAUUCCUUUUUUCUUCAUCUUCUUCCAUUUUGUCCCUUGUUUCCAUCCUCAAUCAAAGCAUCUGCAGAAUAUUUCCACGCUGUACCAUAUAUUCUAUAUACUACCACAAGUCCUAGUUUUCUACAAAUUAAAAAGCAUUAAGAGCCGUUGACGAGCUCGUGAAAUACAUACAUAACUCAUCACUUUCUCUCCCUGUGAACUCCAUUACACAGGCGGUGGUUUUCUCAGCUCUCUCGCGGUGCCCUUCAAUUUCUCCAUUCUUUCUACGGUUUUGGAUUGCAGGGGAGGGGAGAAAUGGAGGGCGGCGCCGAUCGACUGGUGAGGCGGCGGAAGAGUCUGAAAGAGCGGCUGAGUUUUAAAGCAAUCAACUGUUGCGGCGCGUCGUGGGGUUUGGUGCCGACGACUAUAAGCGUUCGCGACAACGACGACGAUGAUGGAGAGGAGGAAGAAGUCCCGCCGACAGAAACCACGGAGGCCGGCGCGGAGUCUCCGCCGGUAUGUGCGGCGGCGGACACGCCGACGGGCUCGGGGAUGAACCUAGCGGCGGCGUUGGCGGCGGAGCGGCAGUACAGGGCGGUCCAAGAUUCGGACGGGGAAGCUCAGAGUCAAAUCCCGGCGGCCGCCGAAAACAGCGGGGCGGGGACCACACCGCCGCUCAGAGUUUCGUUGAUGAGGUUGCUGGAGGAGAACGACGGGGAAACGACGGCGACGGCGACGGAGAAGGAGAGCCGGGCGGCGGGGAGUGAGGCGUUGUGCUGCGUUUGCAUGGGGAGGAAAAAAGGCGCGGCGUUCAUACCAUGUGGGCACACUUUUUGUCGAGUGUGUUCGAGGGAGCUGUGGCUAAACCGAGGUUCAUGUCCCCUCUGCAACAGAUCCAUCCUUGAAAUUCUCGACAUUUACUAAGAUUGGUCCUGGAGAUUUGUGUACACAUGUUUCAGCCCCAUGAAUUUCAUCAAAAUCACACAAAAAUAGAAGCAAAAGAGGAAGAAACUAUUUAAAUAAAUGUAAAUUUUGAUUUUAGACAAAAGUGAAUCAUUGUAACACUAUCAACAUCUCAACCAUCAGUGUGAAUUGCAAACUAAAAUGUCCAUUUUAUUUUUGUCUUUCUAAAUGCUAGUGAAUUGACACUUACAAAUCA